CUGUCAAACACAAAUAUGUUUCCCAUGGGGCCCGGGGUUCUUACUUUGGGUAGGAGUGAGGGCAGUAACUAGAGGUCCAGAUGGUGCCCCAGGCCUCUUGGCUUCUGGUCCAUCUAGGCAGUUCAUCUUCCGAGCCUCCUUGCUGGAGCUGGGAAGUGGGCAGCGCAGACCUGACUUGCAACUUCCCUUCCAGGUGCCGGUGAGUCCGGGAAGAGCACAAUUGUCAAGCAGAUGAAGAUUAUCCACCAGGAUGGUUACUCGCUGGAGGAGUGUCUCGAGUUCAUUGCCAUCAUCUAUGGUAACACUCUGCAGUCCAUCCUGGCCAUCGUCCGGGCCAUGACCACACUCAACAUUCAGUAUGGAGAUUCAGCCCGCCAGGAUGAUGCCAGGAAGCUGAUGCACAUGGCAGACACUAUUGAGGAGGGCACUAUGCCCAAGGAGAUGUCGGAUAUUAUCCAGCGGCUGUGGAAGGACUCCGGCAUCCAGGCUUGCUUUGAACGUGCUUCGGAGUACCAGCUCAAUGACUCCGCCGGCUACUAUCUCUCGGAUCUGGAGCGCUUGGUGACCCCCGGAUAUGUGCCCACUGAGCAGGAUGUGCUGCGUUCCCGUGUCAAGACAACCGGUAUCAUAGAGACACAGUUCUCCUUCAAGGACCUCAACUUUAGGAUGUUUGAUGUGGGUGGACAGCGCUCGGAACGCAAAAAGUGGAUCCACUGUUUCGAGGGCGUGACCUGCAUCAUCUUCAUCGCGGCGCUGAGCGCCUACGACAUGGUGCUGGUGGAAGACGACGAAGUGAACCGAAUGCACGAGAGCCUGCACCUGUUCAACAGCAUCUGCAACCACCGCUACUUCGCCACCACGUCCAUCGUGCUCUUCCUCAACAAGAAGGACGUUUUCUCCGAGAAGAUCAAAAAGGCACAUCUCAGCAUUUGCUUCCCGGACUACGACGGACCCAACACCUACGAGGACGCGGGCAACUACAUCAAGGUGCAGUUCCUCGAGCUCAACAUGCGGCGCGACGUGAAGGAGAUCUAUUCCCACAUGACGUGCGCCACUGAUACCCAGAACGUCAAGUUCGUCUUCGACGCCGUCACCGACAUCAUCAUCAAGGAGAACCUCAAAGACUGCGGUCUCUUCUGAGGUACCUGAGCUCACGUGUGUCCCUUGCCCUAAGACCCUAUAGCCCUUACUGCCCUGUAGUCAUAUCCCCCCCACUCCCAAAACUGCUGCCCCCGCCCCCCCCCCAAGCCUGCUGCUCCGAUAACCCACAUGCUCAAAGCCCUGAGGCUUGAGGUGCAGACCCUCUGUCCCCAUGUCCUCAACUCCAAUCCUGCCCUUCACCGCCUGGCUGCACUGGCCCCUUGGACCCACCGCUGCCAGCCCUAGCUAGGACAGAGCAGGACCUGGGGCAGCUAGUGCUCACGGUGACUCAGCAGUGCCCCGGGGACCAGACCAGUCUCCUGACACUUUUCUCUCCCCCUGGGAGCUGUGACUCAACCUGGUGGGUCUGGGUUCAGCAAACAGCCCUCCCUCCCCCAAGUAGACCUGCUGCUUGCCAGCUGCCCAGUCCAACCUUGCCACCUGCAUGUGACAAGUCCACCCAGUGGUCAGUGACUGACCCUCCCAACAGCCUGAGGUAUCCAAAGUCUAAGCCAGCUCUGGUCUGUGUAAGCCCACAGAUCAACUAGUGACCCGAAGUGGGCCUGUAAACCCCUGGAUGCCAGGGAGAGGUGUAAGGCGAACCCUUCCCCAAAUACCAGGCUCAGGGUACCCUCUUCUAGUCCCCUCUGUCCUUGGAAACUGGAUCUGCACCCCACUUCGCCCCCACACUGUACUCAGGGCUGGUGGCUGAGGGAAUAGUGUGUUGAGAGAAAGUACUGUUGACAUGAGCUGUAGCCAAUAGUCAAGCUGUUCUGAGGGGUGGCUGGGGGCAGAGUCCAGCUCCUAUCGAUCAGCUCCAGGCAGAGAAUUCCCAACAGGGUGGAGGCCCAGGCUGUGCCCAGUGUCUACCCCAUGUGAGCUUGCAGGCAAUCCACCAGGUGCCCCUGCUGUCCCGGUGGCUGCAUCCCUCACCCUCUCCAUUCAAGGCCUGUUUCUUGGUAGAGAGAACAGACAGCCAAUGCCUGAAGCCCCAGGGUCAAAGGCCCUCAUUCCCUUCGCCUACCUUCCUCAGCAAGCACCAAGUCUCUGCUUCUGCCGGUGGGUCAGAGCCAGUGCUAAUGUUGGGGACAACGGACGAGCUUCCAUCCUGCAAGGCCAGGACAUAAUCUGUACCUUCCUUAGCUAGAUGCACAGACUCGGCAAUAAAGCAUUGCACCAUG